UGAGCGCCAUGGAGCCCGGCCGCGCCGGCCUGGAGGCCGUGGGCAGCUUCGAGUUCUCGCGCAAGGACCUCAUCGGGCACGGCGCCUUCGCCGUGGUCUUCAAGGGGCGCCACCGCGAGAGGCGCGAGCUGGAGGUCGCCGUCAAGUGCAUCAGCAAGAAGAACCUCGCCAAGUCGCAGGCGCUGCUGGGGAAGGAGAUCAAGAUCCUCAAGGAGCUGAAGCACGAGAACAUCGUGGCGCUCUACGACUUCCAGGAGAUGGCCAACUCCGUCUACCUGGUCAUGGAGUACUGCAACGGCGGGGACCUGGCCGACUAUCUGCAUGCCAUGCGGACGCUGAGCGAGGACACCAUCAGGCUGUUCCUGCAGCAGAUCGCGGGCGCCAUGCGGGUGCUGCAUAGCAAGGGCAUCAUCCACCGCGACCUGAAGCCCCAGAACAUCCUGCUGAGCAACCCUGGCGGGCGCCGAGCCAACCCCAACAACAUCCGUGUCAAGAUUGCCGACUUCGGCUUCGCCCGCUACCUGCACAGCAACAUGAUGGCCGCCACGCUCUGCGGCUCGCCCAUGUACAUGGCGCCCGAGGUCAUCAUGUCCCAGCACUACGACGGCAAGGCGGACCUGUGGAGCCUCGGCACCAUUGUGUACCAGUGCCUGACGGGCAAGGCACCUUUCCAGGCCAGCAGCCCUCAGGAUCUCCGCCUCUUCUAUGAGAAGAACAAGACCCUGGUCCCCAUCAUCCCGAGGGAGACCUCUGCCCCGCUGAGACAGCUGCUCCUGGCCCUGCUGCAGCGAAACCCCCGAGACCGCAUGGGCUUCGAUGAGUUCUUCCAGCACCCCUUCCUUGACGCCAGCGCUGCUGUAAAGAAGUCGCCGCCUGUGCCCGUGCCCUCCUACCCCAGCUCGGGCUCCGGCAGCAGCUCCAGCAGCAGCUCCACCUCACACCUGGCCUCCCCGCCGUCCCUGGGGGAGAUGCAGCAGCAGCUGCGUAAGACGAUGACCUCCCCGGGCGAGGCUGCUGGGCUCCUGCAGGGCUCUCGGGACUCUGGUGGCAGCAGCAAGGACUCCUGCGACACCGAUGACUUCGUCAUGGUCCCGGCCCCAUUUGCAGGAGGACGAGCCUUGGUCGGGGAGCCACCCCCUUGGAGCGUCCAGGUGGGGUGGCCCCGGGAGGCAGUGGACAGUCCUGUCUCACGCACAGGUGACCUGGUGGCCGAGGUGGCUGGGGCCAAGCCGCCGCCCGACAGUCUGAUGUGCAGCGGGAGCUCACUGGCGGCCUCUGGUGGCCUGGAGAGCCGCGGCCGGACUCCCUCUCCCUCCCCGCCCUGCAGCAGCUCCCCCAGCCCCUCAGGCCGGGCCGGCCCGUUCUCCAGCAGCAGGUGUGGCGCGUCUGUGCCCAUCCCAGUGCCCACGCAGGUGCACAACUACCAGCGCAUCGAGCAGAACCUGCAGUCCCCGCCCCAGCACCAGGUCCCCCGGCCCUCCGCCAUCCGCAGGUCUGGCAGCACCAGCCCCCUGGGCUUUGCCCGGCCUAGUCCAUCGCCCCCGUCCCACGCCGAGCACGGAGCUGCCCUGGCCAGGAAGCUGUCCCUGGGCGGGGGCAGACCCCACACACCUUCCCCGCAAGUCGGAACCAUCCCUGAGCGGCCGGUUUGGAGCCGGACGCCCUCCCCCCAGGGAGCUGAGGUGCGGCCCGGCAGGUCUCCGCGCGCAGGCUCCUCCGUGCCCGAGCACGCCCCCCACGCCGCUGGGCUGGGCUGCCGCCUGCACAGCGCCCCCAACCUGUCUGACCUGCACGUCGUCCGCCCCAAGCUGCCCAAGCCGCCCACAGACCCCCUGGGCACGGCCUUUGGUCACCCGCAGGCCAGCCCACCCCAGCUGGCCCCCGGGCUGCAGUCCUGUCGGCCGCUGCGAGGCUCGCCCAAGCUACCCGACUUCCUGCAGCGGAACCCCCUGCCCCCCAUCUUGGGCUCUCCUACUAAGGCUCUCCCUGCCUUCGACUUCCCCAAGACCCCCAGCUCCCAGAACCUGCUGACCCUUCUGGCUCGGCAGGGCGUGGUCAUGACGCCACCUCGGAACCGGACAUUGCCGGACCUGUCGGAGGCGGGGCCCCUCCUGGGGCAGCAGCUGGGCCCUGGCCUGCGGCCCGCGGAGGACACCAGGGGCCCUUUUGGCAGGUCGCUCAGCACCGGCCGCCUCACAGACCUGCUCCUUAAGGCUGCGUUCGGGACGCAGACCCCUGGCUCGGGCAGCACGGACAGCCUGCAGGAGAAGCCCAUGGAGAUUGCACCCUCCUCUGGCUUUGGAGGCAGCUUGCACCCGGGAGCCCGUGCGGGGGGUGCCAGCAGCCCCGCCCCCGUUGUCUUUACCGUGGGCUCGCCCCCGAGCGGGACCACGCCCCCCCAGGGGCCCCGCGCCAGGAUGUUCUCAGGUGAGGUCUCGGGCGCAGAGGCUUGGCGCCCUGUCUCCUCCGGACGCCCUGGGUCGCGGCGGCGCCUGGUCUGCAGCCUCUGGGCCUUCCUGUGGGGGCAUCUGUGGGGCAGACUGCCAGGCCGGCAGAUGCCCUAUCCGCUUGGUCUGGCCUCUGGACUGGCGUCCUGGUCAGGAGGAGGGCCCUGGUGGGGCGCCGGGUUGGACUCCUGCGGCUCUGCUCGGGGAGGGGCAGAGCCGGGUGAGCCGAGGCGCAGCUGCCGGGAGGGAGGCGUCCCGGGUGGGGCAGGGUGUGUGUGGCCGGGCGGCAUGUCCAGACGGCGCGUCUGCCCUGCAGUGGGGUCUUCCAGCUCCCUCAGCUCGGCCGGCUCUGCCUCCACCCGCCCCCUGGCGCCCGGGGCCUGCGGCGAGGCGGCCCCUGAGGUCCCGGCCCCCGGGCACUGCCGCGGCUUUGCCAACCCCGUGGCCGCCAACCUGGAAGGGGCCGUGACCUUUGAGGCCCCCGACCUCCCCGAGGAGACCCUCAUGGAGCAAGAGCACACGGACGCCCUGCACAGCCUGCGCUUCACGCUCGUGUUCGUCCAGCACGUCCUGGAGAUCGCCGCCCUCAAGGGCAGCGCCAGCGAGGCGGCCGGCGGGCCCGACUUCCCGCUGCAGGAGAAUGUGGUGGCCGACCAGAUCAGCCUGCUGAGCCGCGAGUGGGGCUUUGCCGAGCAGCUGGUGCUGUACCUGAAGGUGGCCGAGCUGCUCUCCGCUGGGCUGCAGACGGCCAUCGAGCAGAUCCGGGCUGGCCGGCUCUGCCUGUCGUCCACUGUCAAACAGGUGGUGCGGAAGCUGAACGAGCUGUACAAGGCCAGCGUGCUGUCCUGCCAAGGCCUGAGCCUGCGGCUGCAGCGCUUCCUCCUGGACAAGCAGCGGCUACUCGACCGCAUCCAGAGCGUCACCGCCGAGAAGCUCAUCUUCAGCCACGCGGUGCAGACGGUGCAGUCGGCCGCGCUGGACGAGAUGUUCCACCGCCGGGAGGACUGUGUCCAGCGCUACCACAAGGCCCUGCUGCUCAUGGAAGGGCUGCAGCAGAUCCUCACGGACCAGGCGGACGUGGAGAACAUCGCCAAGUGCAAGCUGUGCAUUGAGCGGAGACUCUCGGCCCUGCUCACUGGCAUCUGUGCCUGACCCUGGAGGCCCGGGCACCAGAGCUGAGGCCAGACCCUCUGACGACCCGGAGGGAGCCAGACCCUCGGCUUGCUGGCUGACUCGGAGACGUGCCUGCAGCCCGGACACUGCUCGCUGGCGCAGAGUAUGCCACCUGCCCUGGUCCAACAGGAGCUUUGGAGACUCCAGGGAAGACGCCAGGGCGUGGGGGUCCUCACAGAACCUCAACUCUGGCCAGUCCCGGCCUGGCUGACGGGUCAGCUCCCGCCAGGACUCAAAACGCCCUCCCCCCGGCAGAUGGGGCCUCAGGCGCCACCAGCCCUGCCGGAGCCUGUGCCAGAGCCCACCCAAGCCAAAGCCGCCAGCUCAGCCGGGGCUCCGCCCAGGAAGAGGCUUUGCCGAGACCGCCCUUCGCUUUGUGACCACCCAGCACUUUACAGCGGGCCCGGCCGGCCGCCUUGGCCCUGGCCGCUGUGCGGACGCCUCAGCGAGGACACGUGGCAGGGACAGUGGGCGGGGCGCCUGCUCUGCCCAGGGCUGGGGAGCGGCGUCCAUGCCGCUCCUCAAAUGUGUCUUAUUUUUUGUAACUUCUUUUUUUAAAGAAGAAAACAGCUGGUGUUUAGGGUGUUUAGUUGGGGAGAGGCGGGCAGGAUGUGGGGAUGCGUGUGGCGGCUCCCGUCCGUGGCAGGCGGGCGAGGGGGCGUUUCACGUGAGCCCCACGGCCAGCCACUCCGCAGCCGGUGUCAGCCCCCUCCUGGCUGCCACUGCGGGUCAGCGGAUGCCCCGGAGCCGCCCUCUCUGGUCCGCCAGCCCCACAGACACAGCAGGACAUGCAGGAAGCCGCGUGCCUGGCCCACGUGGCCUCGGCGCGAGCCAGUGUUACCACUUAGGUCAGGCUGGAGCCAGCGCUGCCGGGAGGCUGGUGCCACCGAGGGGCCCCCUGGACCUCCGGCCCCUUGUCACGUGCCAGGCGUGGCUGGCCCGGUUACACACGCCACCCCAGUCCACUUCAAAGAGACAGUGAGCGGCUCCCCCUCCCACACUGACUGUGACAUGACUUCAGGAAAUAAACCCGGCGCCGCGCGCCCCCGGCGGGCCUCGUCCGCGUCUGUUGCUUCCUCCCUCUGGGGCGGGCCCCUGUGGCCAGCUCAGGGCCCCAACUGGAGUCCUGCGCCCCAGCGUUGGGGGCAAAUGCACAGGGUGAGACUGGGUGUCAUCUGGAUUUCCCUGGGCCUCUCCUUGCUGGGGUGAGCUCCUGGGCACAGACGUGAGUCGGUAGCAACUCCUGACUAAGCCACCAGGGCCCGGGCACCCC